AUGGGAGCUUCUUCUUCGACGGAUAACAAGGCAUCGGCGGAGAAGCGAGAGGUCGAAAACCUAGCAGCUUCUACGGGAGCUCUUCCUUUGCUUCAACGAUCGUUCUCAAAUCUCGUGGAUUCUGAGACGAACGUUGUUUCUCUCCAGUCCUUGAGGCAAUGCUUCUCUUUGAGCUACAAUGCAACUAUAUCUGAAGGACAAACCGUACCAGAUUCAUUUCCGAGAUUGUUGGAACAUCUUGGCUCAUCUGUGGUAGAUUUAUUCUUUGUACCCGAGAAAGGAGGAUUGAGUUGGGUCGAUUUUGUCAGAGGUUAUGUCAAAUGUUGUGGCAGAAUGUCGGCUUCGAUGUCAUUCAAUACAUUGUUGAGAGUUUAUCUUGCGACCGCAAGAGAGGCUGGUCUUUCUCUGAAACUGGAUUUCGAAUCAGAUGAAGCUGAUUGUAAAAUAAAUGGAUCCCUUUUGCCAGUCGAUGUACUCACGCUUCUCUGGAUGUGUUGGACUAUGUCAUGGGAUGGUCGGACCAAAUCAUCUGAAGGAAAAGGUUGUCUAUUUCUUCCGGAUAUAAGUCACCUGAUACUAUCCGCAGUUGUAUCAUGUGCCGACUCUGAAAAUAAUUUGAAUGUGUGGGAUGCCGAUGCCUGUGGAUUAGAAGUUGAACUUCCUGUCGGGAAAUUUCUUACGUGGGCCUUGACAACGGUUCCAACCCUCACUGAGAGUCUUGCACUGUUUGUCAAUGCCAGACUUCACAAUUCUUCCAGUGUGGAGGAUAGAUCCGAACCUUCAAAUUCAACAGCUGCUGAUGAUUCUGAGACCAAGGUACAUGAAAGCACCCUUCUGACACGUGGGAGGGCGUGGGCGAUUUCCUUGACAUGCAGAAAUGCCAUAAGCGAGGAGAUCUUAGGACUAUGCUUCCCUUGCAACAGCCAUGAAACAAUUGAAAACAUUCUAUAUCGCUCAUCCCAUCAUGGGAAAGGCUUGAACAGAUUUUGGUCCAACAUUGAAGGGUAUCAUGCUCCGCUGCUAAUUAUAGUUUCUGCAAGCUGUGGAGACAGCCACGAGGGUAGUUCAAGCGAGAGGAAGUGGAUUAUCGGUGCAAUCUUGCAGCAAGGUUUUGAGAACAGGGAUACAUUUUAUGGAAGCUCUGGAAACUUGUUUGCCAUAAGUCCAGUCUUUCACGCUUUCUCGUCUUCUGGCAAGGAGAAAAACUUUGUGUAUAGCCAUCUGCAUCCCACUGGAAGAUACGAGCCACACCCUAGGCCUGUCGGGAUUGGCUUCGGGGGAACCAUAGGGAACGAGAGGAUUUUCCUCGACGAAGAUUUCGCUAAAAUCACCAUCCGUCAUCAUGCGGCUGACAAAACAUACCAGCCGGGCUCUCUUAUACCAAACCAGGGGUUUCUCCCCGUUGAGGCAACAAUCACAGAAGUUGAAGCUUGGGGAUUAGGUGGGAAAAGGGCAAAAGAAAUCCAGGGUUCAUACAAGAAAAGAGAAGAGCUUUUCACUGAGCAACGCCGAAAGGUCGAUCUGAAGACGUUCGCGAGCUGGGAGGACUCGCCCGAGAAAAUGAUGAUGGACAUGAUGUCCGAUCCCAAUGGUGUAAGAAGGGAAGAAAGGUAAUGUAAUGAAGAGAGGUUUGUUACUAUGUGAGCAAAGAGAUUUGUUAUCAUGUUAAAAGGUGUUAAAUGAUGCUUGUGUGUGAUUACUAUGUAUGCUGUUACUGCUGAAUCUUGGACCCAGGCGGUGGAUGUGUCCAUGGGAUUAUAUAUAUUUUAUUGAAUUUUAUAAAUCAUGGAUCUUGGUUAUCCAAGAAUUAAA